AUGGCGGACGACGAGCAGGCGGAGAAGAAGGAGGAGGUCCCCGAGCUUGCUCCUUUUGAUCCAACCAAGAAAAAGAAGAAGAAGAAGGUGGUGAUACAAGAGCCAUCAGAUGAGGUGGAUAACUUGGCAGAGAAGACUGAGAGUUUGACUGUAGCUGAGUCUAGUGAACCAAGCUUUGCGGGCACGAAAAAGAAGAAGAAGAAACAUGUGGAACUUGAUCCUUCUCUUACUGAGACCGGAGAUGGUGAUGACGCUGGAGACGAUCAAGUUAGAGAGGAUGAAGAAGGAGAAGGGAUUGUGCUCAGUGGUGCUGCUGCCACCAGAUACCCUUGGGAAGGAACUGACAGAGAUUAUAAGUAUGAAGAGCUGCUUGGCAGAGUAUUCAAUAUUCUACGUGAGAACAACCCGGAUCUUGCUGGUGAUAGAAGAAGAACCGUUAUGAGGCCCCCUCAAGUCCUCAGGGAAGGAACAAAGAAGACAGUUUUUGUGAACUUCAUGGACUUGUGCAAAACAAUGCAUAGGCAACCAGAACAUGUGAUGAUGUUCUUGCUUGCUGAGAUGGGAACUAGUGGAUCCCUGGAUGGGCAACAAAGGUUGGUUAUCAAAGGAAGAUUUGCGCCAAAAAAUUUCGAAGCAAUACUUAGGAGAUAUAUCAAUGAAUAUGUCAUAUGCAAUGGCUGCAAGAGUCCGGAUACCAUUCUUUCUAAAGAGAACAGGCUGUUCUUCCUCCGAUGCGAACAGUGUGGUUCGUCGAGGUCUGUUGCUCCCAUCAAGGCUGGAUUCGUUGCCCAAGUCGGCCGUCGUAAGGCUGGAUCUUGA